AUGGUAUCUGCAGUUCGCAACGACGCUGACGGCGCCGGUCUAGCCUUUGGUUACGUCCGAGCAGUAACACUGAGAGGAACGGAGCGGGCAUGGAACGAAAACAACGGCAAAUCCGGCUUGAGAGGACAAAAGUGGGCUAGGAAGGUCCCGUUAACCGGGGAAUCGUAUCGAUCUCGAGCCCAGCACGAGCUGGGCAUCGAAGACCCAGCAACUGGCAACCUGGAUCACAUGAUAUUUGUGCCACUUGAGGAGCUUCCGCAAGGAGCUACAUACUUGGUGGCGGCAAUAUACGACCAAGGAACGGUGGAAAGCCGCUACGGAAAUACCCACAGCCUCCAGCUUGGGAGGCCUCCUUGGCGGCCGCAGCCAUUUGGUCUUUCCAAGAAACCCGGGGCCCUUCGCCCCAGCAUCCUCAGCCGAGUUCAAACUUUGACGAAGAAGGCUUUCGAGAUGGUUGGCACAGGCUCUGGCCGGAGCGGUCCCAAGACCCCCCGCAACAGUGCGCUGUCGUCAAAAACACCAACUCCAGACAGUAUCAAGGACCUCAUCAAGAGCGUCAUCCAAGAGUAUAUCUCGCAGCCAGCACCGGGAACUCCUUCAUCCAAGGGAGCCAAGGCAGCCUUCGAAGAGCUGCCGAAACAGUCGUAA